GUGUGUGGCUUUUAUCCUGCAGCGCUGCGAGACCCCAUGGCGAUGGAGCGAACCAACCUGCUAAACAUGGCCAAGCUGAGCAUUAAAGGGCUGAUCGAGUCAGCUCUGAGCUUUGGACGGACUCUGGACUCAGACUACCCGCCUCUCCAGCAGUUCUUCGUUGUCAUGGAGCACUGCCUCAAACAUGGCCUUAGAGUGAAGAAGUCCUUUCUGGGCUUUAACAAGUCUCUGUGGGGUCCUCUGGAGCUGGUGGAGAAACUUUGUCCUGAAGCAGCAGAGAUCUCCGCCUCUGUACGCGACCUGCCUGGACUUAA